CCGAGUUACCGGGACCGGAGCUUCAAACGCGGACUGAUGAAUCCCCCGGAGAAGAAGAAGAGCAGAGCAGGGAUGUUUUAAAUGAUUUAAUUUCCCAGAGAGGCGGCGCGUGAUGAAGACACGGUGAAUCAACAGGACGGAGCGCGAGAGCAGAUCAACAAUGUCAGCGGGUUUAAACUGUGAAUGAAAAACAACAUUUCAUCGAUCAGAGAUCAGUUAAUCCUCCGAGCCGCAGGCUUUAAUUUAAUUCCUUUCUUUAAAAUAAAAAAAGACAAACACCUUUAACCUGAAAGACCCCGAGGCACCGGACCGGACCGGAGGAGGAGGACGACCCGCUGCCGGUACCGGGCUGGCACUGGGAAUACUGGGAGGUGACGGACGGAGAGACGCGGCUCUGUAACGGAAUUCUGACCCCAGAGAAAGAUUUUCCACCAGAAGCAGCAAACAUGGAGCUCCGGGGGAUGCUGCUCCUCACCGUCCUGCAGUGCUGCUCAGUGGCCCGUGGCGGCUGCGAGCCUCGGCUGGUGAACGUCGGCGCCGUGCUGAGCCAGAAGCGCUACGAGCAGGUGUUCAAGGAGGCGGUGAGCCAGGCCAACGCGCUGUACGGGAGGGACAAGUUCAAGAUGAACGCCAUCUCUGUCACUCACAAACCCAACGCCAUCCAGAUGGCGCUCUCCGUCUGCGAAGACCUCAUCUCCAACCAGGUGUAUGCGAUCCUGGUCAGUCACCCUCCACAGUCCAACGACCACCUGACUCCGACUCCCGUCUCCUACACCGCUGGUUUCUAUCGAAUCCCCGUGGUCGGCCUGACAACACGCAUGUCCAUCUACUCUGACAAGAGCAUCCACCUGUCGUUCCUGAGGACGGUGCCUCCGUACUCCCACCAGGCUCACGUCUGGUUCGACCUGAUGAGGGAGUUCAGGUGGAACCACAUCAUCCUGAUCGUCAGCGACGACCACGAAGGACGAGCCGCUCAGAAGAGACUGGAGACGCUGCUGGAGGAGAGAGAGACCAAGGCGGAGAAGGUGCUGCUGUUCAGCCAGGACACCAACCUGACGUCUCUGCUGCUGGAAGCCAAAGACCUGGAGGCCCGAGUCAUCAUCCUCUCUGCCAGUGAGGAUGAAGCUGCAGCCGUGUACAAAGCAGCCCGUCAGCUCAACAUGACCGGCUCCGGAUACGUCUGGCUGGUCGGAGAGAGAGAGAUGACCGGCAAAGCUCUGAGUGAAGCUCCAGAUGGCCUGCUGGGCCUCCAGCUGAUUAACGGUAAGAACGAGUCGGCUCACAUCGCGGACGCCGUGGCCGUGGUGGCACAGUCUCUGCAGGAGCUGUUUGAGAAAGAGAACAUUACAGAGCCUCCGCGGGGCUGCGUGGGAAACACCAACAUCUGGAGGACCGGACCACUCUUCAAACGGGUGCUGAUGUCAUCCAAGUACCCCGACGGUCUGACGGGACGGAUCGAGUUUAACGACGAUGGCGACAGGCGCUUUGCUACCUACAGCAUCCUAAACUACCAGCAGAAACCAGGUCGCCUCGUCCAGGUCGGAGUCUUCAACGGCUCACAGGUCGUGAUGAACCCUCAGAGGAAGAUCAUCUGGCCCGGAGGAGAGACGGAGAAACCAGUUGGAUACCAGAUGUCGACUAAACUGAAGAUUGUGACGAUCCAUCAGGAGCCGUUUGUUUACGUGAAGCCAACAAAGACUGACGGGACGUGUAAAGAGGAGUACACCGUCAACGGAGUCUUAAUCAAGAAGGUGAUCUGUACCGGACCCAACGGGACCACCCCAGGUCAGCCCACCGUCCCUCAGUGUUGCUAUGGUUUCUGCAUCGACCUGCUCAUCAAGCUGGCGAUGAGCAUGAACUUCACCUACGAGGUUCACCUGGUGGCUGAUGGGAAAUUUGGCACACAGGAGCGAGUCAACAACAGUAAUAAGAAGGAGUGGAACGGGAUGAUGGGGGAGCUGCUGGGAGGUCUGGCCGACAUGAUCGUCGCUCCCCUCACCAUCAACAACGAGCGCGCUCAGUACAUCGAGUUCUCCAAACCCUUCAAAUACCAGGGGCUCACCAUCCUCGUCAAGAAGGAAAUCCCUCGCAGCACUCUGGAUUCAUUCAUGCAGCCGUUUCAGAGCACACUGUGGCUGUUAGUCGGUCUGUCGGUCCACGUGGUGGCAGUGAUGCUUUACCUAUUAGACCGGUUCAGCCCGUUUGGAAGGUUUAAAGUUAACAGUGAAGAAGAAGAAGAAGACGCCCUCACCCUGUCCUCCGCCAUGUGGUUCUCAUGGGGAGUACUGUUGAACUCUGGGAUAGGAGAAGGAGCUCCCAGGAGUUUCUCAGCGAGGAUUCUGGGUAUGGUGUGGGCAGGAUUCGCUAUGAUUAUUGUAGCAUCAUAUACUGCCAACCUGGCAGCCUUCCUUGUGUUGGACCGGCCUGAGGAGCGCAUCACUGGCAUCAAUGACCCCAGGCUGCGUAACCCAUCAGAUAAGUUCAUCUACGCCACAGUGAAGCAGAGUUCGGUGGAUAUCUACUUCAGACGGCAGGUGGAGCUGAGCACCAUGUACCGGCACAUGGAGAAACACAACUAUGAGAGCGCUGCUGAAGCCAUCCAGGCCGUCAGAGACAAUGAGCUUCACGCCUUCAUCUGGGACAGCGCUGUGUUGGAGUUCGAGGCUUCGCAGAAGUGUGAUCUGGUGACGACAGGAGAACUUUUCUUUCGUUCCGGAUUCGGGAUUGGGAUGAGGAAAGACAGUCCGUGGAAACAGAAUGUUUCUUUGGCUAUUCUCAGCUCUCAUGAGAACGGCUUCAUGGAGGAUCUGGACAAGACUUGGGUUCGGUAUCAGGAGUGUGACUCCAGGAGCAACGCCCCCGCUACCCUCACCUUCGAGAACAUGGCAGGUGUGUUCAUGCUGGUUGCCGGUGGCAUCGUCGCCGGGAUCUUCCUCAUCUUCAUUGAGAUCGCCUACAAACGACACAAAGACGCUCGAAGAAAACAGAUGCAGCUCGCCUUCGCUGCCGUCAACGUCUGGAGGAAGAACCUGCAGGAUAGGAAAAGUGGUAGAGCAGAGCCCGAGCCCAAAACCUCUUUUAGGUCCAUCACUUCGACCUCCGACCUCAAACGGCGUAGGGCCUCCGGGGACGCCACGCCGUACCCGACUGACAUCACGGGCCAGCUCAACCUAUCAGAUCCCUCCGUCAGCACCGUGGUCUGAGAGAGAGAGAGAGAGAGAGAGAGCUUCACUGCUGCUGCUGAGCCACACACUUACACACCGACCCUCUGGACACACACACACAUAUUAUAUAUACACACAUUAAACACACUGAGCGUCCUGUGAGACAGGAAGGAGAUGGCGAUGGCAUCUGGACUUUUGGACGGCAUCACAAACAC